AUGGGAACCCUUGAAGGACACCUGCUGCCAGGCAUAGCCCUCCUCUUCUACUCACUCUACCAUUCAGUGCUGGUGUCCCUGGCGCUGCUCCAGGAGCAGAGGGUCCUCAAGCCCCCUCUAUUCGUAUGGAAACGGGAAGGACACCGGGCGUUGCAGCAGGUCUCAUAUGAAGGGGUGCUGAAGGUGGUCAUUCCUUGUGUUGGCAUUUUAGCUGAAUUCUACUACCCGCCUGGGAUAAACCGGGCAGUGAUGAUAGAUUGGGAAGACCCUCAGCGGCCAUUUGUGUUCAAGGACAACUGGCAACAUUUCACCAUGUACGUGUUUUUUCUGCUCAGUGGUAUGGUGGACAUCGUGAGCCAAUCAUGUGUGGCACAUCGGAGUGCGAGGCUGGAACGAGCUGCCGAAGCCUUGGCUUUCUAUGUGCUGGUACUGUUGAUGGCAGCCCACAUUGAGAACAAGAGUGCCCUGGAGAUCCGAGUGCACAUUCUGUUCAUGGUUCCCUCCUUCCUGCUCGCGGUGGUGCUCAGCAUUGAGAUCUGGGUCCCUGAUCAUCCCCCACUCUGGGUGUUCAAGACCUGGCUGGGGCUGGUGCUCAGCAAUUGGAUGCUGCAGCUCUGUACAGUGAUGUAUUCACCUCCCACUGGACAACCUUGGCGGGCAGACAAUCCCGUGGACUUGUCAUUCCUCACCAUCUUCUUCUGCUGGCACCUGGCCUUAGGGGCAGUUGUGCUGGCUGCUAUCUAUGGCCUCUGCAGUCUCUGGCACAGUCAUCGUUCUUGUUCUUUCUGGACAAAGACCACAGGUACUUGGUAUCAGCCGUGUCCUACAGAAUCCAGUGGUGAGGAACUAGAGAAGCUCAGGACAGAGGCAGUGCUACAGGAUGAAGAUGUCUAGGUACAGAAACUGUCUUGGUGCUAUGAUUUUUGUAAUGAGAGGUUCAAGAGCACCUGCUGCCUGCUUAGCCUGGAAUAGACAGUGUGGCUUUCCAUCCCAGGAUCUAACUUCCUUGUCAUCAAGUAAACCUGCUCCGAGUACA